AUGUCGCUCGACGCGUACGUUGCAAGUAGCGGAAAAGUGUCGAGCCAGGGCUUGAACAGCUGCGUCGUACUCGUCCGGUGGCUGUGCGAGCUCGGCAUCGGCUUGUUUGAUCUCUGUCGUUCCAACUGCAGCGGUGGUUUGCAGAAGGCGUUCUUUGUCUCUGCAUUAGCGCACAUCGGUCCGGAGCGUCGUGCCCCCUUGCAGGUACGGCUGAAAGUCACAUUGCUCCGAAGCGUAGUGCCACCUUGUGGCGCCCUCCGGGGUUUCGCGGAGAAAAGGGAAUGGGCGCUGCAGCAGCUAAAGGAUACCACCAACGAUGAGCGAGCCGCGGACGCCAAGUGCGUUCUGCGGUUUAGUAAAACUCUUUUUUUGCAUUUUCUUGCAGGUGACCCCUGUCCGCAGCCGCAGCAGAUAAACAGCUCCGUGCUGGAGCCCUGCAUGAUCUUGGAUGGCUGGGACUACUUCAGGGGCAACGAAGUGGCAUACAUCUAUUCCUGUCUCAUUCUGGCCUUCAUACCGAUAAUAUGUGCAGGGCUUGGUUAUGGUGUCAUAAAGCUCCAAAACAAGAGACGACGGAUCAUCAAGGCCAAGAAAGAGAUGGCAAUCGGCAAAAAGUACGACAAAUUAUAUGUCAAAGAAUGGCUGCACCAGAACCACAAGCGGUUUGUCAAGGUCAAGAUUGGACCAGAUGAGUCUCUAUCCACAGUGAAUCGAAAGGGGGAAAUCCUACGGAAAGUUGAUUUCAAGUCUGUCUCAGCCCUUGUAGUAGAGGUCACCACAGACAUGGCGAAGAAGCCCAUGUGUCUUGUGCGAUCACCGAGAGACCAUGAUCUGGUUCUUCAGUUCGACAGCGUCCACUCUCGUAAAAAGUUCCUGAAUAAACUGGAAAGCUUCCUGGUGAACCGGAAGAAAACACUGGAGAGCAUCAACACUACUCGUGACACGAUGCUAGCCAACGCCGAAACAAAGGAGAAGCGCCAAAAGCGACUCGAGCACUUCUUCCGAGAAGCAUACGCACUCACGUUCGGAUUAAAGCCAGGUGAGAAGAGGAAGCUCGAGGAAGUUGGCAACGACGUCAUCAUGGUCAUGCGAACGUCACUGUCAAAGCAAGAGUUCGCCGAGGCCCUCGGUAUGAAGCCAGACUCUCUCUUCGUAAAGCAAAUGUUCAACUGUGUCGACAAGGACAAGGAUGGCCGGAUAAGCUUCCAAGAGUUCCUGGACACGGUGGUGCUCUUCACAAGGGGUAAGAGCGACGACAAACUCCGCAUCAUCUUUGACAUGUGCGACAACCACGGUGACGGAAUGAUCCAAAAGCAGGAGCUGACACGCAUGCUGCGCUCUCUUGUGGACAUCGCGAAGACCAACUCUCUCAGUGAGUACGAGACGAGCGACAUCAUCAGAGGCAUGUACGCCUCGGCGGGCCUCGACAACUGCGACUCGCUCAGUUACGAGGACUUCAAGAAGAUGAUGAAAGAGCAUCGUGGUGACGUCAUCGCCAUUGGCCUAGACUGCAAAGGUGCUAAUCAAAACUUCCUGGACACAUCUUCGAAUGUUGCGAGGAUGACAAGCUUUCAAAUAAACCAGCCUACGGAGGAUCCCCCUUCUUGGACCGUGCAGAAAUGGAACCAAGUGACUACGUUCCUGGAAGAGAACCGGCAGCACGUGUUCUAUUUGUUCGUCUUCUACGUGGUCACAAUAGUAUUAUUCGUCGAGAGAUUUAUCUACUACUCCUACAUGUCGGAACACAUGGACCUGCGGCACGUGAUGGGAGUCGGUAUCGCCAUCACACGAGGAUCAGCGGCUUCACUCUCCUUUUGCUACUCACUCCUGCUGCUCACAAUGUGUCGCAAUCUGAUCACCAAGAUACGCGAGCUGCCUCUGCAGCAGUACAUGCCGCUCGACUCGCAUGUCCAGUUUCACAAGAUCGUCGCCCUGACAGCACUUUUCUUCAGCCUGGUGCACACCGUUGGACACUACAUAAAUUUCUACCACGUCUCCACGCAGCCAGCGGAGCAUCUGCGAUGCAUGACGAAAGAAAUGCAUUUCGACUCUGACUUCAAGUCUACGAUUACCUUCUGGGUAUUUCAAACAGUCACCGGUACUGUACUGUUGUUCAUUGUGAUGUGCGUCAUAUUUCUUCGCACAUCCAAAAUCCGGCAAAAGGCGUACAGCUACUUUUGGAUGACGCACAGUCUCUACAUUCUUCUGUAUGUCCGCUGCUUGCUGCAUGGCCAGGCUAAACUUACAGGUUCGCCUCGUUUUUGGAUGUUCUUCAUUGGACCAGCCAUUGUGUUCACUUUGGACAAGGUUGUCAGCCUUCAGACAAAAUACAUGGAACUGGACAUUCUGGACACUGAGCUUCUGCCAUCAGACGUGACCCGUGUGAAGUUCACGCGGCCGCCCAAUUUCAAGUACUUGUCAGGACAGUGGGUGCGGCUCAGCUGCACGGGCUUCCGUGCCAACGAGUACCACUCUCUGACACUCACGUCGGCCCCGCACGAGAACUACCUGUCUGUGCACGUGAAAGCGCAGGGACCCUGGACGUGGAAGCUGCGCAACUACUUUGACCCCAGCAAUCUGCACGAGAGUAUGCUGCCCAAGGUACGGUUGGAGGGGCCGUUCGGUGGCGGGAACCAGGACUGGUACAAGUUUGAAAUUGCCGUCAUGGUGGGUGGUGGCAUAGGCGUUACACCGUAUGCCUCUAUACUCAACGACCUUGUCUUCGGCACUUCCACGAACCGCUACUCGGGAGUCGCCUGCAAGAAGGUAUACUUCAUGUGGAUAUGUCCCUCGCAUCGGCACUUCGAGUGGUUCAUCGACGUUCUCAGAGACGUAGAAAGAAAGGACGUCACCAAUGUUCUGGAAAUCCAUAUUUUUAUAACGCAGUUUUUCCACAAGUUUGACCUGAGAACCACUAUGCUGUAUAUUUGUGAAAACCACUUCCAGAGGGUCUCUAACAGGAGUAUGUUCACUGGUCUGAAGGCGAUCAAUCAUUUUGGAAGGCCUGAUAUGUCUGCCUUCCUGAAGUUCGUGCAGCAGCAGCACUCCUAUGUGAGCAAAGUGGGCGUAUUCAGCUGUGGGCCUUCGGCUCUCACGAAGAGCGUGAGCUCCGCCUGCGAGACGGUGAACAACAGCCGCAAGCUGCCGUACUUCAUACACCACUACGAGAACUUCUGACCAGUGCGCGCCAGGCACUGGCGCCAUACUGCCAAAAAUGAAGCCAACUGUGAUGAUGACGACAGUGCACGUAGCUCCAGCCGCUGCUGCUGAUCGUCUGUUCCCGUUACGUACCGUGGCUGCUUCUGGCGCGGCCAUUUCGACUCAGCGCCUACACUGACGGGACUUGCACGAGAAGGAACUUUUCUUUUUGGUGCCUUUCCGUUCCGCCCCUUGCUUACGUAUGUGCUUCGCGCUCAGAAGCAUCUUUGUAGGUAGCCUCAAAAGUGUGCGUCGUUCCUCGUCGAGUCUGAUAUAUGUUGUGUGCGGGCAUAGCUGUUCCGCUGAGUGUCGGCGCUCACUGGGUGAUAAGGAGACAACGUGACUCAUAUGCAACCAAAAGUGUUUGCUUUACACGCAACAGAAAUGUACGCCUACUCUGCGCCGGCUAUCUUGUGAAAUUAUCUAUUUUUCUUGUUUCGACUGUUUUGAAUGUCUACUACCGAACUUCCUGUUAUGAAUGGUCCCAGACAGUUGUAAGUCGGUGCAGGCUCGAGCUGAGCUCUGAUGGCAUUCAGCGGGGAAUAUAUUUAUGAUAUUUUAAUGCAUCUCAACCACCUUUUUUUUUCCGUAGCCUUGCUGUGGUCCAAUCGGUAAACCUGCUUGCAUCUUAGGCAAUAAUUGGCUCUGAUGGUAUUGGUUUUGUGUCGGACCUUGUAAAAUCAUACCAGAUUAUUGAGAAAUAGGUUCAAUUAAUUAGGCGAUCCAGUCAGGUAAUUUUUAGUAGUAUGCCAUAAUGUGACAACGGGAUGACAAAGAAAGCAUCAGGAGGAAGGUAAGCGUGUACAGCCCAUGUUAAGUUCUUUCAGUAAUGUGUCAAGUUCAGUGGCAUGAUUUCAAUGUGGCUAAGCAAGUCUGGCAAUAGUGAUUGCGAGUUUACACAAUGUGUCCCACGAGGCCUUUAGCUUCUGAACAAUCUGAUGAGUUGGUCCUGCUUGACGUUCUUGGACUUAAAUUUAUGAACUGCAAACGGAGAUUAAGUAUUUCCUGUAACACUUUUUGUGUACCCACAUGUGGUGUUGCGUUAGUCAUUGAUGUUAUAUCG